GAUUUCCCGCUUUCCCCAUGCAGUAAGAUCUUAAACAGAAAGAGCUAGGACAUCUAACUGUUUACCAUCAAAAUUUAUACCAUCUUUCCAUCGUGGUUUAGCCAAGUGGACGGCUCUUCCCACAAUGUCAGCUGCCACAGAUGAAAUAUCUGCAGGAAGUCAGCAAACUCAUAAGGAGGAAGGAAAAGAGGGACUUUCUAAGUUACCAGCUAAAAUCAUUGCAAACAAAGUGUCUGGCACUGUUAAGUGGUUUAAUGUCCGCAAUGGCUAUGGGUUCAUCCAUCGCAAUGACACACAAAACGAUGUGUUCGUUCAUCAAACUGCUAUUGUCAAAAACAAUCCCAACAAGUACUUACGUAGUGUUGGAGAUGGUGAGACAGUAGAGUUUGAUGUCGUCGAAGGUGUGAAGGGUCAUGAAGCCAUCAAUGUGACCGGACCUAAUGGUGAACCUGUGCAAGGUAGUAAAUACGCACCUGAUAAAAGACCAAGGUAUGGAGGUUAUCGAAGAGGGAGGGGUAACAGAGGUGGUUACCGUGGAGGUAGAGGUGGCUACCGUGGAGGAAAAUCUGAUGUUGCUGAAGAUAGAAGUGAUAAAGAUAAUGAGCCUGAAGACAAAGAGGCUACUUCUGAACAUGAUGAACAACCUAAAAGACAAGCUUUCCGAGGACGAGGCAGAGGAAGGGGAUAUGGUAGAUAUCGUCGUCGUCCACAGCGAAGUGAAGGAUCAGGUAAUGAGUAUGCUUCUCAAGAUGAAGGUCGUAAAGGAGAUCGUGAUGAGGAAAGUGAGCGUCAAGAGGGUAGUGCGAGAGGAAGACGUCCAAGAUGGUUUAGAAGAAGACCUAGACGUCCCCCACAAAGUUCUGGUGACGAAGGUGAGCGUUCUGAUCGUCAAGAAGAAGAACGAAGUACCCAACAAAGAAAUGAUGAUAAACCUGCUGGUGAUGGACAGAAGCAGCCAAAGCCAAGGCGACCCCGUUAUCGAAGGCCGCGUGAUAAAGGAGAUGCCAAUAAUGAACAAAAGGCUCCAAAUGAUCGAGAAGAGGCUAAAUAAGCCUGUUGUGUCUGUGGCUAGGAUUUUCAAUAGAAUUCAAAAUCUUGUACAUAAUUCUUAUAACACCACUUGUUUAGUUAUGGACGUGGUAUAUCAUCUUAUUUUAAAAUCAAAGUUUAUCCUAUUCAGUUUUUUUUCCAACUAUUGUACGGAUAUUUUUUUUUUUGUGUAGUUUUUCAAUUAAAAGACUUUGUGUUACUACAUUAAAUUGAUCAAAAUCACUGCAAUAAAUGUAUUAUAUCUAAA